AUGGUGUCUCUUGCUGAGCUCAGUGGGAAGCUUGGCCAAUUUAUUGGCAAAUCUGACGCUGUUACUACAGCAAUUAAUAAUGGUAUUAACAUCAUUAUUGACAGUAAUGAAGACUUCAAAAGCCUUAAAAAGUCUCCGUCUUCGACUGCGCUUCCUCCCCCUGCCGUGUCUGCUGUGUCCAUAAAUGUUGAUAUGCUUAGUAAGAAAAUUGAGCAUUUUAAGAAAGAAAUUGCGUCUCUUUCCGCUCAGAUAGAACAACUUAAAAACCAAAAAACGUCUGUCCCCGAUGACCUUAAUAAGUCUCAUGAGUCUUGUCAGUCCAAGUUGGAUGCUCUUCAGAAGCUGAAGAGCCUUAAUGAGUCUUUUGAAUCUCUUAAAAGUCCACAAGAUAAACCUUGUGAAACAUUAUUAAAUAACCUCUGUUCUGGCUUGGAGAAGUUCCUUGGUUACAAUGAACAUUCCAAAGGCUACGAUGGCUCCGGCAUCGUGUACUCGGACCUUGACAGGCUCUGCGACGGGGUGAUGUCUUUCCUUCAUGGAGUUUUAAGUAACAUUCAUGGUCAUUUAGGCUUACAUAGUGAUGAGAUUCGAAGUGCAAUUGAGUCCCUUGAACGCAAUAAACAUCUUGGCAAAGAGGGUUUUAAUACUGCGAUUCAAGCAGUGGUCACGGGGGUGAACAGGUAUAAUGAGGGUGUGAAGGCGUCAAAUAAUGCUGUGAUCACGCCGAUAAAAAAGCUUCAAGAUGAGAUGGAAGACCUAAAAAAUGCGGUAAGUAAAAUUCAAGAAAAUAAUUCUUCUGUAGGUGCAAUUGACAAGAGUGUGACGGAGUGUCUCAGCCAGGCACAGCACUUUGUCGAUAAUAUUACACAAAAUAGCGCAAACGUUAGCGAUUUGUCUGAUGACUUGAAACGUAAUGUUAUUAAAGCUAAGGAUAAUAUUGAGUAUCAGCGUGGCCAACUGGGCAAAAUACAUGAGCAUCAGAAAGGGGACUUGAAGGCUGUGACAGACUUUGUUAGUAAACAGCUUGACGGUCUAAAGAGGAAUGUAUUUUCUUGCAUCGAAAAAGACGUUGGGGAGCUUGUUAGGAAACUGAAGAAUAAGGUUUCGGACAUUUUGAAACAGGUUGUGGAGGUGAAUAACAGUCUGAAAAAAUAUGUGCAGGCGCUGGACAAGUGGAUGCGUGAGAGUAACAGUCUCAUUGAAGGGGCGCAAAAUGAUGUCAAAGAGAUACGUAAGGAGGUUACUUGGCAUUCCGGUGAAGGCGAAACGUCGGAGAAUUGGAUGAAUGCUGUAAACACUGCAGAUGAAUUGAAAAAGAAAGCACAGAAACUGUUGGACGCAGCGGAGACAGCCAAAAAACAAGUUCAGAGUUUGGUGACUGUGGCGCUGGAAGGUGUGAAGACGAUGGACGACGAGCUGAAGAAGGAUUUGCACGGGGUGAGGGGGCAAAUUAAGGGAGCGAUCAUAAAGUUGGCGACGACGUUGGAAGGGAAUGUGAAGAGUGAUUUAAAAGUGCUAGAGGGGAAUAUUGAUAGUGGAUUAAAUCCCAUAGUCGGUAGUGCGCAGACCUUUAAACUGUCUUUGCAAACAACUAAAGGAGCGCUUAUUAAGGCGAUGAAGAGUGUGAUUGGAGACGUGGGAGAUCUUGAGAAUCUGGCGAAUCUGGAACAGAUUAAAGGUGCUGACGGCACUCCUGUUUCAGCGCCGUUACUUCAGAAGCUUGCGGACCAAACUGCGUUUGGUAAGCUCACUGAAUACUUUCAGCAGAUUAAAACUCAACUGACGGAACCAUUGAGGACGGUGAUGGGGACAAUAGGUGAUGCGGUAGGAAAACUGGGCUCACCAGCGGGAAAGAACGAUCUCAAGGAAGCACUGAAAACAGCUAAGGAUAAACUUCUACAACUACACAAGGUUGUUAGGGGAGAUUUGCCAACUCCUGAUGUUACCCAAGUUACGCUUGAUGGCGCGACCGUUAAGAUUGAAGGCGUACAUAAACUUGAACUCAACAGAUAUGCAAGGCACAUUGAGAGCGUCGUUAAUAAGAUCAACGGUCAGUCUGACGUAAUAGAAAAAACACAGUUAAAAUCACUCUUCUCCACCCUCCGCCAGAUUGACCAAACAGUUUCGGAGCAUUCCGAGCAGGUUGUCAGAAGACUGAUAGGUUCGAUUAAAAAUCAGGUGACAACGGAAGUCAAGAGUGUGGCGGGAACUAUUAAGGCAAACGCUGAAAAAAUUCGACUAUGUAUAAACCAGAAUCAAGAUCACGACGUCGACUACAGCGCCAAAAAUUCAGCUAAAGGUCUGCAGAAGCUAGUGGAGACAUUUGAUACAAGUAUUAAAGGCGCGCUUGGUAACCUUCAAAGCGAUCUCGGAAAAACAAUUUUCAAAAAAGCGUCGACGGGUAGUGGUGACAACAAUUAUGAUCUUACUCAAGUCAUGCCCCAAUUCCACGGCACCUACGACACCAACUUCCGAACUGGCGAUUUCAAAAAUGUCGGCGGAACCGGUACCGAAAAUGUCCUCGACGAGGAGAUCGGCAAGGAUAUUCUCACGGGUGGAGGGUCUCCAGGUAACAAAAUAUCUGAACUCGCUAAAAAGAACUUCACAGAAUACAUUAAGCAAGUUGACCAAGAUAGCCUUUCGCUUCCAAUCGAACAGCUAAAAGGCGAGCUCCCCGAGAAGAUCAAGAAAAUCCGAGACACCGGCCUUGCGUCACUUAGCAUAAUCGACCCAGACGCUACUCCCGGUGAAACUAAAAUAGAAAAGAAAACUUUCGAAGAUCUCUUCACCAAGGUUGAUUCAUAUCUCAAUCAAUUAUGCGGUUCAGUUCGACGUGCCGUCAAAGGUCUGGAAGGUAAUUUAGAGCAUCUGACGAAAAACAGUAUUGAUAUUGACCUAAAGAAAAUUCAUAAUGAUCUCCACAUCCUGCAAAACGAGAAGUUGAAACAAGCCAUCAAGGACGCUGACAGAUUCCUUGAUGAAGAGGCCAAACAGCUCCAAGAAGAGUGCAUCAACCAUCUCAAGUCCCACCUAAUCAAGCAAGUCGGAAUUGCCGAAUCCGCCAUCACCCAGGACCUCCGCGCGAAAUACGUCAAAUUCAUGAAGGCCCAGCUGGAAGCCUUCGCCGAAAAAUGCCAGACGGAGCUUCAACCUCUGCCGGACAAAAUUACCGCGGACGCGGACAAAGGCGCGAAGGGGUUCAUGAAGAAGAUGGAAAGCAUUGUCGGCAGGCUUCACAAGCAUGACGACGUGAGCGUAUUAUCUACCAACGCCAGCGUAGUUAUAACGGUUCUCACGGACCACGUAAAAACUCUUUUAGUUCGUAAGACUGGAAUUCGCAGUCAUGUUAAAUUAAUCUACUUGCUUGUUCACAAGAUGUUCGAGGAACUCGGUAACUCUAAACACUUCGAUCCCACAUUCACCGAUAACCUUCACACCCUAAAAUCCAAGCUUAAUGACCUAACACCUAAACAGUUCGGCGAAGAGUCCACUGCCCUGUUACAGUCCCUCAAGGACGGAAUGACGGCGCUGACCGACGUGCUGUCCAAGUGCUACAUAAACGCCUACGAGGGCGCUAAGCCGAUCGAAAAGUGGACUGAGCCUCUGACUGCUGACCAGGCAAAAGAGAAGCUGACGCCGGACGGCGAGCGCUGCGCCAAGGCGUGUCUCACCAUAGUUCCCAUCAUACGGGAAACGUUAGGUGAACUUGCAGGGCAUCUUGAAAAAGAUGAUAGUGCAUGGCGAAAGUAUAAAAUGUACACUUCCACAAAACAAGCUCGCAGCUUACAUAAAGAAUUCUUCCGUGAAAACGGUUACGAUAUAACUCUUAGCGACAGUGCCGAUAGCGGUGAACUUAAUCAUAAAGACACCUUUAAAGGUAAUAAUAUUUACACUCAUAUCACAGCCGGUGAACAUGUACUGUUUAGUCCUAAGUCUGACCCCUCAGCUCCCGGUGCUGCAGAACUAGAUGGGAUAAGCGUUGAGGUUUCCGAAGAAAAGGGCUUAAUCCCUGAACUUAAUUCAUAUCACCAAUUGUUCUUACAGGUCUGCCACCACACUCAUUUAGACUCACCCAGAGUUCCAUGUUCCAUCUACGAAAUGCUUGCGUGGUGUUGCGGUUUCCCGUUUAGUCCUGUAUUUGAGAAAUUUGAGCAGCACAUUAAUUCCGAGUUCAUGGUGGCAGAUAAGGCGGAGCCAACUAAGAAAUCAGUUAAGCCCAUUGAGGCGUCUCCCUCAAAUGUAACUGCACCUAUAACAGUAAAAGCCUUGACAAAGAUGUGUGAGAAGGCGUAUCCCGUCCUCACUUCUAUACUGGGUAAUGGGCACGCCAGUGGUAUCUACGCCGUUGAGUUCUCCAACAAUUCACUGAAGCUGUACUACCCUAGUUCCAUGGUACAAUUGCUGUGUAUGUUGUAUGAUAUCGCCAAACGGCUGCACCAACAGCUACACUUCCUAUACCAACAAUGCAAAUAUGGCUCCGACCAAAGCGGUUGGAGAGAGUGUUGGUACGGCAACCAAAUCGGUGGUUCGUCAUUCCAGUGCAACUCUCUCCAAUGUGACAACCAAGACUGUAAGCUAAGUGCUACCCAAAGCGCUACCCAAAAGGGUAACCAAAGGGCUGACCAACCAUGUAACCAGCACCCUACUUGUGGCGUGAAAUCUCCAUUACAGUCGUUCCUCGAAGACGGCCUUGUAGGUUACUUGCCACAUAACGUAUCAUUUAGAGGGACAAAUAUUACAUGUUCCAGCUGUCCCAAGUCGUCGCCUAGCACGCCAUGUAAGACGCCCAUGGGAUUCCCUGAAAUCGCUGUGACCGCGUCUCAUAGGAACACUGGAAAGCAUAUUUACGAUGUGCUUCGUAAUUUCUGUAGCCGAUCUGAUAAGCCACUGAGUCAACUGUGCCGUUACUUGCAGUGUCUCCUCCAUCGCACCCCGCAGUCGCUUGACGACAUGUGGGCAUUCUAUUACAAUUUCUUAACUGAGUGGCACGGCAAAGGCAGACGUGACGAAGUAGGUCUGAAGCAUAAGAAGGAGGCAUUUGAGAAUGCUGUCAACGCAGCGAAUUUCAAACGUGAAUAUGAAGGCUUAAAGGUGCAGUCUAUCUUGUCAACUAGUCACACAUCAAAAUCCAUGGGACAUCCCAACGGUGAUCUCUUCAGCCUUAUUUGCAAUUCAAAGCUGCGCGGCAAAUGCGGUCCAUAUUUGCAUUCGCUUACCAAUGAUAUCGCUGGCAUAUACUCAAAGAAGUAUGCUGGCAGAUAUUUAUCAUGGAUUGUUUACCUCACGCAGACAUUCUACAGCUUACUCCAAAGUCUCUACGAGGAGUGCAAUAGAACAUGUGGCGGUGAUAAGGCAAGAUGCCGUAUUGCCAAAUGCCCACAGAACUGCAAUUUUAAUGACAAAUCGUCAAUCGCAAAUCACGAUGCCGGUUGCAGUUCUAUUAUACAGUGCAAGAGUACGUCAUCGGUAUUAUGCAGAUAUGGAUUCAUGUUGUCGGAUCGGAAGACGCUGAGUGGCACAGAUAGGAAACGAACGUGCAACGAUUUCUGCAGCGUGCUAAAGAAAGUACUGGACGGGGAAUCUGUUCUUGUCAAACUAUUCAAUGCUAUAGAUGAAUUCAUGAAAGAGAUCAGAUGGCCAUUUAUGCUAACGUUAUUAGCCCUCUGGUCGCUCUCGCUCCUGUACCUGCUGCACAUCGCCGUCGUCCGCCUCGACGUCCUGAGGAUACGCUCCCACCUGCGCUCGCCCUCAUCGCACCGCAUCGCCGCGCAGUCACUGCUCGCCGCCGCGCGCGUUAAGCAUGGUGGUGAUACGAAGGGUAUUGAGCAUUUGGCCAAAGCUUUGAAAAAGUUGAUUGGUGGUGCCAUUAAAAACGCAACUGAGAGUCUUGAAAAGAGGAAAGAGCAACUUGAGUGCCCUAAAAAUUCCAAGUUUUGUAAUGAGAAGAAGACUCAAAUUGAGGAGAAGCAACAUGAAAUUAACAAAGCUUCAGAAACUUCUGCCGACAAAGCUAAAAAGGAAUCCGAAAUAUCUAAGCUUAAAUCCGACAAAGAAAAACAUUAUAAUGAAGUUCAUUACCUUACUGAGGAUGCCAGAGAGAAGGCUUUGAAAGAUAUUACUGAGCGGCAGACUAAGCUUGCUGAACUUCAAAAAAAACUUGAAGCUUUUAUUGGCACAAAAGAUGGUGAUAAUCCUGCAACAGAAAUUCUUAAAAAUCUGUGUUCAGGUUUAGAAAAGUUUUUAGGCUUCAAUUCAGAGUCCAAAGGCUACUCGGGAGAAGGAAUUGUGUACUCGGACCUUGACAGGCUCUGCGACGGGGUGAUGUCUUUCCUUCAUGGUGUUUUACAUAACAUUCAGCCUAAAUUAGGCCAGCAUAAAGACACUUUAGAUAGCGCACUUAACUCACUUAAAGACACAAAUGAUAAUGGUAUUACUAAAUACAGGGCGGCGAUAGCCGCGGUGGCCAGUGGUGUACGUGCAUAUAAUGAGAGUGUGGCAGCGUCGAAUGAGAGUGUUAGUGAUGUAAUUACUACAUUGCGUGAUAGUGUUGAUGCUUCAUUUGUACGCACUGUAGAAGCAGUCUUACAAGAAAGGCGUGAUGCAAGAGGUAAUAUAAUAGAGCACACUGAGCGUGACGUCACCGAUGCCGAAAGGCAAAUUAAUGAGAAACUUCAGCAAUGUCAAAAAAAUGCUACGACAUUUGUCACUAAUUUAGACACUUCACGUAGCACACAUAAAGAUGCAAUUGACGACCUAAAUGCUAAUUUAAAAGAUAAGCUUGAGAACGUGCGUGUGACUGUGCAGUAUGAGAGUGCGCGGUUGGGGAGGGUGAAGGGGUAUGAAAGUGAACGGUUUACAAAGGUGGAGAAAGAGAUUAAGAGGGUGUUGGAAGCGAUGAAAUGCAGUGUGGAUAAAAGUGUUAGUGCUGACAUAACAAGAAUUCUGGGUGAGUUGAAGCAGAGAGUCACUAAAUUUUUGGAAGAACUGCAUAAACUCAGUAGGGACCUUGGGCAGUAUGUCAUAGAGUUGGAAAGUUGGAUUAGAGAAACGCAGCAACUUAUUGACGGGAUCAAGAAUAAGGGUUUAGAUAAUAUAUUAAAUGAAGUGAACGACAGUCUUACAAGUAAGAAGCUUGACAUCAAAGACGCCGUGGACAAGGACCUUAAAAACUGGAAAGGCAAGCUGGAGGGUUAUAUUCAGCAGCUGACGCAGUUGACUGGAGAAGUUGAUGCGAAGGUUACGGCGCUUGCUUCAAAGUUUCCUAAAAAUGCCGGCGGGGAAUUUUGUAAGAGUAUCAAUGAGAUUUUCGGGGAGAUAAAGGGCAAAGCUGUUAUGAUAAAAAGUGGAGUAUUGGGAACUGAUGUCCACGGUACUGGUAUUGUGCAUAAUUGGAAUCAAAUUAAGCAGACCAUUGGGAGUAGUGUUCAUGCAAUUCAUAAUAAGGAUAUAAAUCCCAAACCUGGUCAUCUAGAUAAAAUUGUUGAGGCCGUUAAGGGGUAUGCUGAGGGGUUCACUAGAUACUUCGAACAGAAAAUUGGCGAGAUGGUUGAUAAGAUUGCAGAUAGCGGUGCGGUUAGUGGUAAAAUUACUGACUACGUUGUUGCAAUCAGAAAUAAUAAUGAGCUAAGUGCCACGAACAAAAAGGUCAAAAUGGCAAUAAAAACUCACAUUGUAAAGAUUGCAGAGGGAAUUCAGAAUCCCGUUAAUAAGAUGGACGUCGAAAAAACUCUGGAAAGUAUCCAAGGUUAUCUUGGGGGAUACGCUGCGGCGGUGAAGAGAAAGCGUGAUAGUGACAUAGUUGCAUUCAUCGGGGAUAUAAAAGGCGAUAAUGCAAUAACGGCAAUUUCCGGUCUAAAGCUUACUGCCGAUGACACAAAUCUCAAAUUAGCCGUUCAAAGCACCCUCACUGCGGUGUCGGAGGCGGCUGACGAAGCGGGUAGACAAGUUGGAAAGUUCAUGAAUGACAUUGAAAUUAAGCAAUUGUCCAGCGCCAUAGCAGCCGCCAACAAUAUUAAAGUUCAGCUCGACGGCGCUGAUUUGACGAUCGAUGCGCCAUUGCAGCGCUUGGAGGAACCAAUUACAUACCUCCACACCAACGUCAACUCGGCGCUUCAAGAUCCCACCCAAACCAACCACGCCGCCAACCUGGACCAGGCGAUCACAGACGUAAAGGACAGAGUCGCCGAAGUAGCCGCCAACGCAAUCCCACAAAAGCUGGAAGGAGUUGCUCAAAAAAUCAAACAUCAUCUCGAAACGCUUGCCGAUGCAGUUUCUAGAACCACCAAUGAUGUGAGGCUGAAACUUGCUGAGUUGCAAAAUGAGAAGAUCGGUAACGCUUCGAGAACCGGUGACGUUAAAGCAAAUACAUUGCAAGAUCUUCGACGGAAACUUAAUGAACUUCACAAAAGUCUGGAGUCUGAUCCCAUUAAAAACGCCGAUGAGUUUAUAAAAUACGUCACCGCUGCCGAAACUCAUUACAUCGAUGAACUCAAACGUCAUACCAAAAAGGCAGCGGACGAUGCGUGCAACCAACUCACCACCCACGCGCGCAGGCAGUACGUCGAGGCCCUCAAGUUCGCGCUCCGGCAGUUCGCCGACAAGGUGACGGAGGAGCUGGAGCCUUUACCAGGCAUGUUCGAAAACGACAAGCACAUCGGCCUGAAAGGGUUCAUGGAGGCGUUUUAUGGCAAUGACGCCGGCGACAAUAUUAACAAGCUUAAAGAUGGCAUCGAUCUCCGGACUGUCUGCCAUGGCUUCGAAAAAUUCCUGGGACCCCUCAACACAUAUAUCAGCAGGGAAAUAGAUCGCGUUAAGGAGGAGGAACACAAGAAAAAUCCUUCACUGCAGAAAUACCAAGACCCGUAUAGCAAACAGCUUAAUAAUAUAUACUCCAAACUUAGCACAGUAAUUGGUCACAUUAUUACAAAAAAUCACUACGAUAACAACUUACCCACUAAGCUUGCUGAACUCACUGCCACACUUUCCGACCUGAAACUAGACGGCUUCCCCAACCCGGUCACAGUAAUGCUGGGCGGCAUCUCCGGUGGCUGUCGGCAGUUGGUCGAAGUGCUUGGCAACGUGUACAUCUCCAAGUACGACGGCCAGACGAUUGAGUGGGAGAAAGCCGACACCAGCAAAAAAUCUGCAACUAAAGAUGCCACUGAAAAUAAGAUUCCGACGGAAAAUGCCAACAGAUGUGCUAAGGUGUUCCUCACUUGUAUGUACACCCUUUUCGAUAAGUUGCAUCACUUGUUCUAUAAUGGCGGUAGUAAAUGGAGCCAACUGAAGAUUGAUGGCAGUACGUCCGGAAGGGACAAAUAUUACCUGAAGAAAUAUCUGAUGGAAGAAGGCUUCGAAAUUCAAAACCUUAUCACCAAGGAGAACACUGGUAAGGUUGUUGCCUUCAAAUUGAGCGUAGGCUUUACCGCUUACCAAUCAUUUAACACAGAUCCAGGAAAAUUAGGAUCUUACAACGAUUACUUAGCUCAUUUCAAAAAGCACGAAGGUCUUUUAUCCAGACUCUUCGAACACCUGGAGACGUACAAUGAAGUGUGUCACUUCGCCACGUUCUCUUCCACGAAACAUCCUUCUUCCAUUUACGAAAUGCUUGCGUGGUUCUCAGGCCUCCCGUACAGUUCCGUGUAUGACUCUUUGCUCCACGACGUUUUGCCGUCGCUGCUUGAAGGUCCAAGUAAGAAGCCCGCAGACGACGAUGAGAUUGAAGUGACAGAUCUCGGCGAAGAAUCAUUUGACGCCUAUCCGCAACCAAUAACAUACAGUAGUUUAGCAACGUCUCUCAACGAUGUCUGCGCACAAUCCUAUGACGUAUUGACCGGUGUCCUCGGAUACGGUUACGCAGGCGGUGUCUACGCCUGUGAUCAUUCCAACAACACUCUUAACCUAGCAUAUCCUAGCAGUGCCAAUGCCUGCUUAGGUAUGAUGGUAGAUAUAAUGAAUAGACUUUUCUCUCAACUUUAUUUCCUGCUUACACAGUGUUCACACAAUACCGAUUACAGCGGUUGGUCAAACUGCUCGUACGGUCAGGGUGUCGGCAACUCUGGAUGGCAAUGCAAUGACAACCUAUGUGCCAACCAAACGUGUCCCCAAAAGGCUAACCACGGUACUAACCAAAAGUGCAACCAACAUCCCAAGUGCGGUGUAAAAUCGCCACUUCAGUCAUUUUUGGAAGAUGGUCUCCCGGGCUUUUUGCCUCAUACAUUUUCCAAUGUUGGCUGCGGAGUGAAAUGCUCAGUUGGCAAUCACUUUGGUAAAACAUGCCUAACUCCAAUGGGUUUUACUGAUAUUAGUAUUAAAGCGUCACACACGAAAGAAGGGGAGUAUCUCCAAAAGGUGCUUAAGGAAUUCUGUGGCAAAGCAGAGAGCCCACUCACCAAGCUGUGUAGCCAGCUAAAUUGUCUCUUGCCUACCACUCCUAAAACACUCGGCGAUAUGUUUAGUUUCUAUCACAAUUUCCUUAAUGAGUGGAACACCAAGACGGAGCAUAAGCGAGACGCGUUUGCAGCGGCAGUUAAUAAAGCCAAUUUCGAGAAGCGAUACAAAGGUUUCGAUCCGGCUAUAAUGUUCGGUAACCCCAAGCAUUCACAUAAGCAGGUGAACGCCGACCUCAGCAGCCUGGUCUGUGUCUCGACAACGACGCAAACGUGCGGUCCCUAUUUGCAGUCAAUUAAUCAUGACGUUAUCGGCACAUUCUCCAAGAAUCACGCCGGUCAAUACCUUUCGUGGAUUGUCUACAUGACUGAGACUUUCUAUGACCUGCUCAAAAAAUUAUAUGACGACUGCUGUGCAACGUGUGGCGGAGACUAUCCAAAAUGCCGUGUUGCUCGUGGUCAACAUACUUGUAAUACUGCCAAUCAGCCAGGCUCCGACAAUGACAGUGACACAUGUAACUCAAUUGUUAGCUGCCAGCAUACACGUCCAACCAUAUACAAAUAUGGCUUCGUACAUAAUGACGUAAUAAGCCUUGCCGGUAAAAAAAGUAAGAAAUCAUGUAAGGAUUUCUGCGACGCACUGAAAAAAGUUCUUAACAACGAAGAGAAAAUAGGAGCGACGCUUGCAGUAUUAAUUUAUAAGACAAUUCCCAAUUUCUUAUGGAAGAUCAGAGAACCUUUCUCCCUGACGUUGUUAGCCCUCUGGUCGCUGUCGCUCCUGUACCUGCUGCACAUCACCGUCGUCCGCCUCGACGUCCUGAGGAUACGCUCCCACCUGAGAUCGCCCUCAAGCCACCGCAUCGCCGCGCAGGUCCUCAUCGUGCGCCGCAUCCCAGGCGCUCUUGGAUCUUGGUGUAUCACCCAUCGCCCGCCCACUCGACCCGCCGCCCACCCGCUCAUCGACCAACCAUCAUCUACCGCCGCUAUCAUCGCCCCUCCUCGCCCAUCGAUACGCCGCCACCGCUCGCCCGCCCAUCGACCGCCCGCCCAUCAUCGCCCAUCAUGCCCAUCGACCCAUCGGCCAUCACGUAUCGCGCCUUGCCCGCUCAUCGCCCGCUCCUUGCCCAUCUUACCCGCCCUCAUCAUGGUAUCGCCCAUCGAUGGUUCAAAUAAAUCAAUCAAUCGAUUCGCCCGCCCUGUUAACCAUUUAUCAUCGGUCGCCCAUCGCUGUUCGCCCGCUCAUCCAUCGCGCGCCCGUAUCGCCUGUUGCGCCCUCGUCCAUCACGCCCAUCGCUUGCGCCAUCGGCCAUCGACCAUCGCAUAUCGCGCCCGCCGCCCAUCGAUGCGCAUCGCCGCCCAUCGAUUCGCCCGCCCAUCGAUAUCGCGUAUCGCGCCCGCCGCCCAUCAUCGCCCGCUCGCGCGUAUCAUCGCUAAGCUAUCCGCUCAUUCGCAGGUUAAGCAUGGGAAUGGUAAUGGCAAGGGUCUUGGGCCUUUGGCUGAGGCUUUGAAAAAGUUGAUCGAGGAUGCUAUUGAGAGCGCUACUAGGAGUCUUAAAAGUAAAGAAGAUGAACUUAAAUGCGCUGAUAAAGGCUCUGAUGGGCUAUAUGGCAACUAUUGUAAUACGCUUCAAAAGAAAAUUGAAGACGAGAAAGAUGGAUCUCAAAAAUCUAGACACCAAUCUGACUUGAAGAAACAUUACUCUGAUGUACAUUCCUCUGAGGAUAAAAGAAGGGGCGCUUUGGAUGAUAUCGAUGCCCGUCGUAUCUCUCUUGGUACGCUUGCUGGACAACUUAUGGGUUUUAUUGGCAGUGGACAGGAAGUUAAAGAUGCAUUGUUGAAGGGUUUGCACAGUAACGUAAGUCAGCUUGAAAAGCUUUUAAAUGCAUCUUGCGGAGGAGAGGGGUGUUGUAAGAACAAAUUGCCUGGGAUUGAGAAACUUAAGGAAACGAAAAGCUCUGAUGAAAAUAAUGUUGAAAGGCAAUUCAAUGGCCUUCAACCUAAAUUAAGUGAGAUAGAAAAGGAAAUUGCUGAAAACAUUAGCAAGCUUAAUACUACAAUUCAGCGUUUUGAGAGUGAAAAGACCGCUAAAAAAGAUGCUUUCUCUGAGAAGGAUUCUAAAUCCCUUAACUCUCAUCAGUCAUCCAUGAAGUCUCUUGAGACACUGAAAGAGCUUUGUCAAUUUGCUAAUUCACUUACUCAAAAUCAACAAAACAAUCCACGUGAUUUACUUGAAAGCCUGUGUUCAGGUCUCCAAACAUUUUUAGGGUACAAUGAAAAAUCCAAAGGCUACGAUGGCUCCGGCAUCGUGUACUCGGACCUUGACAGGCUGUGCGACGGGGUGAUGGCGUUUUUGCAUUCCGUUCUCAAAGAUGUCCACGAUAAACAGCCUUACAAUGUUGGUAAAAAUAUAUUACGUGAUAAUGUUUUGAGCCAUUUUAAUGGUAAAUUAUGUUCAGGUCAUAAUGGUUUUAAGAGUGUCAUUGGCCAGGUGGCCGAUGGUGUCGGGAGGUAUAAUAGGGAAGUGGAGAGGUCUAAUAGGGAUGUCAAGACAAUUAUAACUGGGAUGAAGAGCAAGAUGGAGAGUCUUCGAGAUCAGGUGAGUGGAAUUUUAAAUGAUCAUUCUGAUGCAGGUACGCUGAAAGGCUUUACGCCGGAGGAAGUCGAGAAGGUUGAAGCUGCUGUGUCCACGGCGGAGGAGUUGGCAAAGGAGUAUGCUAAGAAUGGUGCGUAUUUCGAGAACAAUUUCUACGAUAGGAAGAGGGGAUACAGAAGUUCUACAGCCGAACCGACACAGCAAUUCAAGGACUUGAAUCCCGCAUUACGUGACAAAAUCAACAGUGCCAUAGAGAACAUUUCGUACGAAGGUGCAAGGCUCACGGAGAUGUCGGCACAGGAAAAAGAGAAGUUGGCCGCGACGACGGAGAAGAUUAAGAAGACUAUGAAGAAUUUACAAAAUUGCGUGGAUAAUAAUGUAGGUGAGAAAGUAAAUGCGCUGUGUAAGAAGGUGAAGGAAAGGCUUCAGAAGAUCUUGGAACAGCUUAAGAAAAUUAAUAAGCAGCUUUCCAACUAUGUUGCCGAAUUGGAUAGGUGGAUUAAAAGUGCGGACGGAAUUGUCGGAGGUACAAUAAACGAAACUAAAAAAAUUAUGGAUAAAGGCCAUGUUGCAUGGCCGCUGGAGGAUAAGAUUAAGGGCGACGUUGACAGCUUGAAGGAUAAGGCUUUAGAGCUUUAUGGGCAUUUUACCGUCGCGAACCAGGAGGUUGAAAAUCUGGUCAAACAAGCCCUCGAGGCCGUGAAAGCGAUGGACGCGGAGCUGAAGCAGGAUUUGUUUGGGGUGAGGGGGGCGAUAAAUAAUGCUAUUAAGGAGUUGGCGAAAACGUUGGAAGGGAAUGUGAAGAGUGAUUUGGGAGUGUUGGAAGGUGGGAUUAGGAGCGCGUUGACGGAGCAUGUUAAGAAGGUGCUGCAAAAAAUUCAGGAGAGUGUUGGGAAGAUUAAGGGUCCCGGCAAUGUUGGCAAAAAAACAGGACUUGAAGCCGUCAAGUUGAAGGUGGCGGAGCUUACUAGGGCGUUCGUUAAUAACGGCCGUGAUGCUGGUUUCACUUAUAGAGUUGAUGGGUGGUUAGAUGGAAUUUUGGGGAAGGAUAAGGGGAGUGGAAUGGAAUCUGUGAAAACGUGUAUUACCAAGUACGUUGAGGAGAUUACGCAGCUUGGGAAAACCGAUGUAGAUGAGAACAAAGUGAAAGAAGAAAUGAAAAGGUAUAUUAAAAACCAGCUUGAUACAGACAACGUUAUUAAGCCAGCUCAGGGGAAGAUUGAUGAAGUAAAGGAUACAAUUGACGAAAAUAACAUCACAAAGAAUCUGGAAGCUAUAAAGGAGGCUUGCGAGGAGUUUGUCAAGAAACUUGAUGAGAAGAUUAAGAAUGGAGAAAAUGCUGACAUUGUCACCAACAUAGUUGGCACAAUUCAGACUGGGUUCCAACUCCGUGACAAAUAUGCCAGCAGAGCACCUCUCAGAUCCGCCGUCCAUACAACGCUCAUUGCUCUCUGUAGCUCCGUGAAACAAGUUGCCACGGAAUUAAAUUCCUUUGCCCUCGUCAACUCAAAGAAGCCCGAAAUUGAAAGCAUUGCGGAGAACGUAACAUCUUCUUUGGCAGAUGCCGGUACGCUCGACAGUCAACUUGGACAGGCCACUAACGGACGCGGCUCGGGUCCGGGCAAGGUGCUCAGCACCGAGAAGACUGUUGAGCUCGCCCACUACAAUGCUGAAACGUACAUUGAAGCGGAGCUAAAGCAGAAGUUUCCUGGUAGCAAUGGCGCUGCAGCCCUCCGCGCCGCUACAACACCUGAAUAUCAGUUUGGCGACAAACUCAUGUCCAAUUUCCACGACACCCACAAGAAGCUCCUUAAAGGCCAGAUAGCAAGCGCCACCACUGGUGUAAGUCACACUGACGACGUGCUCGAGCAGCAGUUGAAAGAGGCAAGUGGAAGUAAAGUCAACAUACAAAAUUCUGAAGGCUUCCGCCUCUACAAACAGCAAGUCGACCAAUCUAAAGUCGACGGUGACCCCGAUACCCUUGCAGGCGCCCUUCCAAACAAGAUCAAGGAAAUCAAGACGCAGGUGGAGAAUGCUGUAAAAGAUAUUGAAGAGCGAAAAAAAGAGGCUGAUGGAAAAGUCGACGAAGUUAGGAAAACACUUACUGCUCUGUACGAUGCCGUCAAAGAAGUUGGCGGAAAUCUCAAAAGCAAUUUAACAACUUUGAGAGAUACAAAUAUUCGGAAAAAUCUGGAUGGCAUCAAAAAGCAACUUGAGAAUCUGAAGGAGUUGGAAUUGAAAACUGUCAUCCAGGACGUCGAGAGGUUCAUGAAAAGUCUCGACUCAUCCCUGGAACCUACAAUCCAGCUGCUAGGAAACCAUGUUAGAGAUGAGGUUGCGUCAGCCGAAAAGACUCUCAUCACCCAUGCGCGGAAACAAUACGUUAACGCCGUAAAGUUCCUGCUCGAGAAAUUCGCGGACAGAGUCACCGAGGAACUGCGAUCGUUGCCAGAACAGAUUAAGAAAGAUUUGGCAAUUGGACACAAAGGCUUCAUGGAGAAGAUAUACGAUCACUUCAUUACGAGAGUCCAAAGAAUCAAUGAAGUUGAUCCUGACAAAUUUACAACAACAGAAUCUCCACUGAACCAGGCGGCGAAAAAACUAAAUGGCGCAUUAAGUUUAUUUUUCAUCAAGUUCAAGCAACAGGAGGAUUUCACGUCCGACUCCGCAAAAAUUCGGUCUCCGCAAAAGGCUCUUGACAGAGUGCUUACAGGCCUCUGGGCAUCCAAUCAUUUCGACAACAAAUUUUCUAAUAAUUUGGAUGCACUGAAUGAUACGUUAGCUACAUUCAAUCCUAAGACAUACGGUGAGGGAAAGUAUCCUUAUAUUCUCGAGUCGUUUAAAAAAGGCUUCUCGGCAUUAUUCACGAAGCUGGAGCACGCGUACGUGAACGCUUACAGCGGUAUGAAAUUCACUAGAUUGUUAGCACCUAAAAAAGUGGAUAUGUCGGAAAAUGUUCCCGAUCCACAACGUCCCGCCUCAAAUGUUGUUUCCACCUCCGGUCAACUGUCUGAUCCCAGCCGAACAAGGCGUUCCGCUCCCGCCGCCAGCAGUCCUGUUCCCAGCACUCAGCCAACAGCUCCCCCCGUCUCUGGCCAAAAGGCCGAGACAGAGUAUGAGUUAACACCCGAGGGCCGCGACUGCGCAAAGGUCUGUGUCACCAUUAUGGAGCGAGUGAAAAAUCAUCUGUUUGUUUUGGAAAGAGAAUGUAACUCUGGUGGCAGGUGGCGCCAUAAUAGUAUUCGUUUGUAUGAUCAUACAAAUGGCAGGAAAACUGAGAACCCGCUUGGCACAUGGCUGAGGGACCACGGCUUCCGAGUGCCGUCCGAGGAGGGAAAGCAAGAUGGCGAAUUGCGGAAUAACCUUGGCUUCACCGGGCAUAAAAUGAAAACUACACUGCUUGACCACAAUAUUCCCGGCGCUUCUCAGGUUCGAUCCCUACUUGACUGGGUGACUGAGGAGAGGCAAAAUGCUUCUCCGGGCAGCAAAAAGAGUGUCACAGUAAUCGACGUCUUCGACAUUGCCCACUGCCUCCGCGACAUUUUCAGGAAAUACUAUGAAGUAUGUCACCAUGAGCGUGUCGAUUCGCCUAGGGCACCAUCUAACAUCUACGAUAUGCUCCAGUGGCUCUCUGGGUUGUACUUUAAUCCGAUGUAUGAGAAACUGAAGGGGCACCUUAGGACAUUGUUCCCCAAGCCCUUAAAAGAUGAUCCCAGAGAUUACAAGGACAUUCCCGCGAAGGACUUGAAACUGGAAGCGUAUCCGAAGACAAUCACGUAUGACGACUUGAGCGAUGAACUGCUGCAAAGUGUUUGCAUAUACGCCCAAGAUGCGUUGAUCGGCAUACUGGGCCACGGUCACUCGGGCGGAAUUUACGCCUGUGACUUUUUCACAAAUGCACAUAAGUUAUCGUAUCCUACUAGCGUCGGUUCAUGCUUUGACAUGCUCUUAGACAUAGUAUUUAAAGUGCAACAUCAACUUCAUUUUGUAUAUAAGCAGUGUUGCGAUACAACAGCGCUCAGCGGUUGGCGUGACUGUGUAUACGGCAACGGAGUUGGUGGCUCUGGAUGGCAAUUCAAUCGGCUCCAAUGCCCUAACCAAAAGGCCGAACAAAACGCUGACCAAAUAGGUAACCAAACACAUAAGCAAACAUGUACCCAAAAGUGUGACCAAACUGUUAGUUGUGGCCUUAAGUCGCCGCUCCAAUCCUUUUUGGAGGACGGUUUGCAAGGGUUCUUGCCGCACCAUAUGACGAAAGUUGGCUGCGGAGUUAAGUGCUCCGUCGGCAGCCACAGAGGUCAACCGUGCAAAACGCCUAUGGGCUUUGGAGACAUAAGCGUAACGGCCUCUCAUGUCAAAAAGGGAGCUCACCUUGCCGGCGUUCUUGACAGUUUCUGCGGUCCUACAUCCCACCUAAGUAGGUUGUGUCGUAAGCUGAAUUGCCUCCUUCGUAGAGCGCCACAAACUCUUGGUGAUAUGCUUGCCUUUUACCACAAAUUCCUAUAUGAAUGGAACGGACAGGGUCGUGUGCACAGGCAGGAUGCAUUCUUGCAGGCUGUUAAUGACGCAAUUUUCGGCGAACAGUAUGGAAAGUUGGACGUUGUAUGCAUACAAUCCAGCAGAACGCACACUGAGAAACAUUCCAAAGGUGAUCUAUUUAGUUUGGUGGACUGUCAUACGUCUCCAACAGUGAAUGCUCCCGUCGGUUCCUGCGGUCCAUAUUUGGAGUCAAUUAGUAAUGACAUCCGCCGAACAUUCUCCGAAACUCGCGCUUCGAACUAUCUUUCAUGGAUCGUUUAUAUCACGGAGACAUUUUACGAUCUACUCAAAAUGUUAUAUGAUGAGUGCAACAAAUGUUGCGGCACUGAUAAGUCGAAGUGCCGUGUUGCAAAAUGUGCAGUAAAUUGUAAUGUCGGCAAACAGGCAUCUACAUACAAUCACGAUGAUUCAUGUAACUCCAUUGUAAAUUGCAGCUAUACCACGCCUACAUUAUUUAAAUAUGGAUUCGUUCAUGGGGAUGCUCUGAUACUUGCUGGUAAGAGGAGCAAACGUACGUGCAGAGAAUUUUGCACGGCCCUGGGAAAAGUGAUCAGCGACAAAAUAUCAGACGAAUCGCCACUCGCAAAAUUAAUUUACAUUACUAUUCCAGAAUAUAUAUGGGCCAUUCGUACACCCUUCUCCUACCUCUUGUUAGCCCUCUGGUCCCUCUCUUUGCUCUACCUGCUGCACAUCACCGUCGUCCGCCUCGACGUCCUGAGGAUACGCUCACACCUGCGCUCGCCCUCAAGCCACCGCAUCGCCGCGCAGUCACUACUCGCAGCGGCAAGAGUCAAGGCACUCGCCAACGUCAAGUACUUCUCACCAUAA